AUUUUGCAACAGAAAGUACUGGUUACUCCGAGUGAUAGCUAAGAACCUUCGUACUUGAAAAUACACACCGUGCUAAUGGGAAACCCGUGGAUUCGAUUAAAAGUAGACCAUUGAGAUUAAGUAGCAGCAUUUCGGAUUGAAUUGGACGAGGCGGUCACUCUUUCGACGAAACAACCUUCCACGAUAAGCUUUAUCACUCGGCCAGCGCCAAAGCCAUUUUGAUAAUCAUAGUCCGUAAGUCAAUAUUCAAAGUGGAUCAUGGCAGCCCAGAGUAAGCUUGCGGAAAUAGCCUUCAGCACCACCUGCUUUGAGCACAAUCAUCCAUGGACCUCCAGCUGUGCCGCUGGAACGGCGGGCAUGAUGUUGUCCGCCAUUCCGCCGUCCCUGCGCACCUAUUGCACGGUCUACCUGUUAGCCUUGGUAAUGCGUGGUCGCAUCCCCUCAGUCAAGGACCUCGGACGCACCGUGUCCGGUAUCCUGCAAUCUACCUCGUUCCUCACCCUCAACGCCAGCCUCUAUGUCUUUGCCGUUUGCCAGCUGCGUAGGCUACUUGGUGGAUUCUACCUAAGCACAGUGGGUUUCAUACCCACCUUCCUGGCCAGCAUGGCUUCCCUGGCCGUCGAGCGUCCAGAACGCCGAGUGCCCCUAGCCUUGUAUGUGGCUAACGUGGGCAGCGAGACUCUGUGGAAAAUGCUAGAGGCUCGCGGUCUGGUCAAGUCCAUUCCCAAUGCCCAAGUGUACAUCAUGGGCCUUGGUGUCACCGCCCUGAUGUAUCUUUACCGAACUGGCCUGCACAAGACAGUGGCCAAGGAUGCCACAUUUAAGGCUCUGGACCUAAUUCUGGGCAAGGAGGAAGCGGGUCCACUUAAGACUCCGGCGGUGACCACGACGCAGAGCUCCCGACAGAGGCCCCUAGACUUCCGGAGCAUUACGGCGUACCUACAGAUCUAUGACCAAAUUCGUUCGGCCAAGCAUCCCAGUUGUCCCCACAAGACGGGAUGUGUCCAAUACGCCAGCCUUGGAUUUUUAAGACCGUUCCUAGGAGGCGUGGGACUGUCUGUGGGCCUCAAACUGGUACUCAACAUUAGCAAAAUAAUCAACUUUAAGAUGCAGUGGCGCAAGCAGAUCUUCAACAAGGGUUCUCUACAACUCGGACUGGCUCUAGGAAUCUUCUCCUUUUUGUUUAAGAGCACCUCUUGUGGCUUGAGGCAUGGCUUCGGUUUUGACAAUGCUCUCUUCGCUAUUCCGGCGGGUUUGAUCGGUUCGGUUGGCUUCUUCCGCUUCCCCAACACUACCGUGUCCUUGUAUGUGUUGUGGAAGGCCCUGCAGCUGUUUUACAACUGGGGCGUCUCCGAGGGAAAGCUGCCUGUGGUGCCUCACUUCACCAUGAUUAUGUACAGCUUCUUUACUGCGAUCCUCUUCCAUGCCUGCAUCCUGGAGGCUACGGCCCUGAGACCCAGCUACUACAAGUUCCUCAUGUCCAUAUCCGGUACGCGUGUCAGCCGCUUCAAUGUCAAACCGUUUGAGGUCUAUGGCCUUAAGAGCCAGGAUCAAAUCAACUCUAUGAUCAAGAAGCUGAACAUCGACAUGUCCUCGGCCCUGCCCCUUUUUGCCCUGGCUUGCUAGUCCUUUUUAUUUGUUUUUGUUCUACGAAAGCCAAAUACAAUAAAUAUGUUUCAAAAAGA